AAAAGUAAAAAAAAAAAAAAAGAAUAAUAAAAAGACAAACCAGUUUGUGAGCGUUGGUUAAUGCUUUUUUAUUUUCCUCUCGAUUGAGAUCAACCUCAACAACAACAAACACCAACGCUGUCCGAAUCCAACAAGCUCCACCUAAAUCCACGUCCAAUCUCACCGACCCAUCUCGUUUUUUCUUAUCAGUCUUCACCGAUCCACACUUGGCUACACUACUUAGGUGAUUGUAGCGAAGAAGUGGACGUAAAUUUGCAUGCAGUGAUAGGAGGAUUCAUAUAUACGUGGGUGAAGGACGUUGAUGAUGACGAUGAAGAGGUUGGUGAGAGUGAAGAGGGAUGCGAUUGCAGCAUGCAUGACUUGCCCGCUUUGCAAAAAGUUCCUCAAAGAAGCCACUGCUAUUUCCCUUUGCCUGCAUACGUUUUGCAGGAAGUGCAUUUAUGACAAAAUUACAGAUGAAGAAUUGGAAAAUUGUCCAGUAUGCAACAUUGAUUUGGGCAUUGUUCCGCUUGAGAAAAUGAGGCCAGAUAACAUUUUGCAAGAUUUAAGGAACAAGAUUUUCCCUUUCAAAAAAAGAAAGGAGAAGGCACCUGUAUCUGUCUCUUCAGUACUAUUACCAGCUAGAAGAAAGGAGAGAUCACUGUCGUCUUUGGUUGUCAGCACUCCAAGGGUAUGUACACAGUCAACCAUGACAGGAAGAAGAACAAAACCUGCAAGAAAGGCUAGUGGCCUGCAGGGAUCUAGUUUAUCCAUUGAGAAGUUCAUUAAAAAAGAAGAGGAAUUACUGGAAGAUCACCAAGAUAAUUUGUGCUCACCUGACACUUCAAACAAGUCUGCUAAGAAUGGUGGGCAGAGUUUGUCACCUUGUAAAAAUAGCCAAUCCAUAUGCAAUAGAGAACCACAGAAUGGCGCUGAACCACAGGAAGCAAAAUGGGAUCUUUGGAAAACUUUGAAUUAUUUAGCAGAGGCUGCAAGUAGGAGUAAGCCUUUUAAGUCUAAUGUGCAAGCGUCUGAUGCUAAACUAGAAUCUAUGAAAAUGACUGAUAGUGAUGCUAAAGUGCUGAAAGCCAAAAUUAAGGAAAAGAAGCGCAAGGCAAAAGUUGAAGAAGAAAAGAUUAGCACUGAUCAUGCCUCUUCAGAUACAUCAAAACCCAACAAAUUGCGAAGAGUUCGCCAAAAAAAGGAACCUGUUUUUGGAGAAUCUAGAAUAUCACCUCAGGCUGUUCUGGAUGCUACCGACAGAAAUCUCUUAUGGAAUGAUUCAAUUUGGUUCUCCUUAGCAGCUUCUGAAAACCAGGAAGGAGAUGCACCUUUACCACAAAUUCCUUCAAAUUAUGUAAGAAUAAAGAACGGAAGCAUACCUGUUUCCUUUAUCCAAAAAUUAUUAAUGAAGAAACUAGGCCUGAAAAGUGAGGAUGAGGUUGAGAUUAAAUGCAUGGGACAUCCAGUGCUUCCUUCACUGCAGGUGCAAAAUUUGGUUGACCUGUGGGGGGUUGAUACAGCGUCUUUGGGACAUAGAAUUUCAGCAACCAUUGGAUCCUCAGGGAAAGAUUUUGUCUUGAUCCUAACCUAUGGUCGGAAGGUCCUGCACCCUUGAUCGUGGUUCCCAAUUCUGCCCUUUCUCAUUUUUAUUAUAGCAUGAUAAAUAAAUAAAAAAACGUCAGAGAAUAAUCGCUUCCUCGUCAACGGGCGUUUUUAUGUAGCUGUUGCCAAUAAGCACGCAGUUAUGAGGAAAUCUCCUCUCCUGCUAGACUGUUGAAUGUAGAGUAGCAUGCUGUUCUGUUGGUCAUUGUAGUGAUCAUUGGUCUCUGAUUUUUCUAUAGCAUGUUUUUUGUUUUCAUACUUGUUGCUACAGAUGGUUUCUUGGAUAUUUGACAUUUCAAUUUAGAUCGCCUUUUCGUAUUAUUUA